AUGGCCUUUCCUGAUGGGGAUGUAGAUGAGUCUAAGGCAUUUGAAGAUAUUAGUAAGAAAAUUGUAAAGAAGUGUAAAGGUUUGCCUCUUGCUGCAAAGACUUUAGGUAGUCUCAUGCAGAAUAAGAGAACGAAAAGAGAAUGGAAAGAAGUUUUGAAUAGUAAGAUAUGGGAUCUAGAGAAGGUCGAGCAAGAAUGGCACGGUCAUUUUCUCCAAGAUUUUCAAAAAGAUCCAAACACUGGUACCAUUACACGGUGCAAAAUGCAUGAUAUUGUGCAUGACUUUGUACAAUUUCUCACCAAGAAUGAUGUUUGA